AUGAUUUUAACAGAUAAAUCUUAUAUGUCAAAAAGACAGUCUUCUAGAAAUAAAAAUACAAUGCAGUCAUCAAAUCAGAAAAAUAAUUUGGAAGUUUUGUGUAAACCGGUUUCUGUAAAUAUUACAAAAUUGUCAGUAUCAGAGUUAGAUAAAUUGUGUAAAACAAAUUCACAUGAAGCUGAAGCAAAAGAUACAUUGCUACAGAAAAAAGUGCAGAAACGUAGGAUAAAAGGAAAGAAAACAUUAUACCCAAGAAGGGUUAAGCAAAAUCAGACAUCUGAUUUGAAUGAUUCUAAAAACAAUUACAAAUCUCAAAGUAUGUCAUUUUGUACAAAAACAAGAAGAAAUUUAAGUAAGAAGUCGGAUAUAACAAAUUUGUUAAGAAAUAUGAAACAGCCAUAUGUAAAAUUACAUAGAAUAGAUGAAGUAAUUAAUAAAAUUGCUCAGUCACUUAUAAAAGCAGUUUCAAACAAAGGAUGUGAAACGAAUGUACACACAAACUAUGUGGAAAAAACUGAGACUGAAUUAAAUGCAUCUGUAUUACAACCAUUAAAAUUAUCAUCAUUAAAUGCCAAUGUAGAUGAAUGUCUACAAAAUCAUGAAUCUCAGGGCUUAGCAUCCGACACUUAUGUUGAUGAGAGUAAAUCAAUUACAAUAAUACAGACAAAAAAUAAUGAAGACGAAUCUUCUAAUAUUGAAGAAAAUUCUCAAAAUUUUGCUAAUAGAGAUUGUAAAAGGAAAAAUAACAUUACAUAUUUUUCUAACAAUGACAGUGAUAGUGUUUGUAAUAGUAAUAGUGAUUUAUAUGAAACAAUUUCAAGGAAAAGAAGGAAAUUGUAUACAAACUUUGAAGAAACAGUAGAUGUUUCUGUGGCUACUGAUGAAUGUAAUACUAUUGGCACAACAUGUAUAAAUGAAAGCUCAAUGUUACAAAUGGAAUCAUCUCAAAAUUUACAUCACCCUGAUAAAUUAUGUAAUACAUUAGAUGAAAGAAAUUUGAUUAUGAAUAAAAAUGUGAACACAUUACUGCAGUGUUCAAAUAAAUCAAAGGAUGUAUCUUUAAAAUAUGAACCUGAUAAUGUAGAUCAAAAUAUUCAAGAAGGUAAUGCUUUCACUUGUGUGCCUUCAGAAUGUAAUAUAGAAGACAACAUUCCUGUAAAAGUAGAAGACGAUAUUACAAUUAUAGAAGAAUCAAUUCUCACAUGUACAGACAUUGAAGAACAAGUGGAAAAGGCAUUUGUUUCAGACAAAGAUUUGAUACACAAAUAUAAGUUACUUAAAGAGCUAAAGGUUUUUUUGAUAAAACUGGAUUCUAUAAGAAACUUUACUGGUCAUAAGUAUUUAGCUACAGAAAUUGAACAGUUAUCAGAAGCACAUAUGAAUUUGUUAAUAAAUUCUAAUUGUACAAAUGCAUUGCAACACCCCGUAUUACUUAAUAGGACGAAAACUCAAGAAAGCAGUAAAGAACCUGUAAUUGAAACACCAUCUAACUUAGUUUCUUUAGAAGAUUCUCCUGUUAAAUCUAAAGAGCCUAGUAUAUUGCAUCAAGAAGGGAGAAGUUCAACAGUUGAGAAAGCUAGACAUAAUCUUACAAAGCAUUUUGAGGACAGCUCUGAAAAAAUAUCUGAACAAAAUACUUCAAUUGAUCAUUCAAAGCAGGAAUCAAUACCUACCAUUGAAUCUACAGUACCAUCUUCUGUACAAAAAUCUACUGACAAAACUUCUAUGAUAAAAUUCACUAAUGCAAAGUCUUCCUUAGAGAAAAAAUUAUCACAUAAGAUUUCACUCCUUUCAAAUCUAAAGGAACAUAUUUCUACACCAAAGAAAAAGAUGUUUAUAGAUAAAAUAUUUGAGAAAUCUGUAAGUAUUACUGGUCUUCGGUUAAACACAAAGGAAGAUCCAACAACUUGUUAUUCUUCCAUAAUUUCUCCACCAAAACGUAAUAAACCUAAGGAUAAGGAAGAUAAGAAAAGUAAUUUUUAUAAAUGCAUUGUUUGUGAUCUUUGCUUUCAAGAUUACUCUAAGUUACAAUUACAUUUAACUACACAUACACAAAAGCAAAAUAAUACUUCAGAAAGUCGAUCAAAAGAUUUGAACACAUCACCUGAAGAAACAGAGCAGAUAACAUCUAGAUCUGAUGAUAAUGAAAUUAAUAAAGAUGGUACAUCAACAGACAUAAUGAAUAAAAAGAGGAAAAAGAAAAAAUGCAAUAUGAUGCCUGUAUGUGAUAAUUCAAAUGAGUGUAGUAUGUGUUCAAAAAUCUUUACAUCACGAAGUGAUUUAGCAGCUCAUAUUUUUUUGCAUACUGAGAGUGAAUUGCAAAGAGUAUAUGAGUUGAAGAAACAAAAAAUGAAAAUAAGCAAAGGAAUAGAAAAAGAAGAGUCUAAGCAAGUGAAAGCCGCAAAAACCGUUAAGGUUGGAAAUAACACUGUGGAUAAGACAGCUCAUGUGACUAAAGAGCAAAAAUCAGAUGGAUUGUUAAUUGUACAAAAUUCUAAAAUUCGAGUUACAGACUCAACUGGUUCAGAUGAAAUUCAUUCUAAAGAUGUACAGUUGAAUCUUCAAACACAAAUAGAUACAGAGAAAUUAAAUAAAGAAAAUAGUGGUAAAAAAUCAUUUAAAAUAUGCAAAUGUCACAAUACACCAGGAACCAGUGAUAAUUGCUUGCAGAUUGAAAUAGUUCUUCUUUGUCACACUUGUAGAAUAUUGUUUAGAAGUAUGAAAUGCUUUGAAACUCAUUAUCGUCUUCCCGAACACGCAACUUGUAAUCAAAACCGUUUGAGUAGCGGCCGAUCUCCAAACUUAUUUUGUACCACUUGCGGUAUGAUAUUUAGUUCAGUUCAAGAUGUGCGUCAUCAUUUAGAGUUACACGCUCGCUUUAAGAGAAAUGCUACACUGGAUUUCCGAUGUAAUAUUUGUAAAGUUAUAUUUAUUGGAGUUGGAACUCUUUUCUAUAUUCACUGGUCGAAGCAUGUGAAAAAUCCUUUCUGGAUGGCCAGUGAACAAACAUUUCCAAAAUCUGCCAUAAUAAACUCGAGAUUAAGGAAAGUGGACAAUUAUAAACAGAAUGUAACAACUCUAAAUGAUUCUAUGCAAGACUAUAUUCAAGUAGCAGAACACAUUUGUCAAAAUUGUAAAUUGCCUUUCUUAACUGCAGAUGAUUUGAAAAGUCAUGUUUCAAGAUGCUUAACGGUUAAUUCUGUCGAAGGUACAACUGCUACAGAAGAUUCUAAUGCCGAUAUUCAAAAUCAUCUAACAAUAAAAAUAAUUUGUAGUUUAUGUAAUAAUAUUUAUACCAAAAAGACACAAUUUUACCAGCACAUAAGGGACAAGCAUAAUUUUAAUUCUGAACUUCAGUUUGUUUGUAAAUCACUUACAAAUACUAAAAAGGUAUUAAUUUGUAAUGUUUGUAUGGAAACUGCUGAAAAUUUGGAUACAUUUCAGGAACAUUGGUUGAAACAUUGUGUAACCCAUGUGUAUUUUACUUGUACACAUUGUACAAAAAUAUAUCACAACAGUUUAAAUUCUUUUAUAGAACAUGUUAAAGAACAUGAAGUUGAAAUGAAAGAUUAUGUACCAUCCUGUACAGUAAGUUACCAGAAUACAAAAUUUAUCUGUAAAUAUUGUAAGAUUGGUUUUGAAAGUUCAGAAAGCUUAUGUAUUCAUAAUGUCACUCAUAAACUAACUUUUCCAAGUAUAAAUUCUGAGAGUGAUAACAUUUCGAAUCAUGAAAGUUCUGCAACAACGUCAGACGUGAAUCAUACUUCUAGUUCUACCAAGUCAAAAGAAUCAAUUAUUGAAAGAGAACAGGAGAAAUCAUUAACCAUACUAUCUCAAAUGGCAGAAAAGAGGAAGGAAGUUUGUCCAGUGAUAAAUAAUGAUAAGGAGGACCUAAUCAGAAUAUUGGAAGGAAGUGAUGAUUCUGAUGUUGAAUUAAUAAUAGAUAUUAUGGAACACCCAGAAGAGGAUAAUGAAUCAUACAAAAGAGAAAAUGCAGAAAAACCAACUACAUCUAAUAUUAAUAAUGUACAACCUAUUUUACCCAAUACAGAAGAAAGAGUGGGCAGAGGAAAUUCAAAACAGUCAAUAGCAACGAAUGUAAAAAAUGUACAGAAUACCAAAGUUCAUGGCACAGUUUCAACUGAGAAGCAAAAAGAUUUUGUGACAAUAAAAAGUAUAUUAACAUCAAAAGAAAAGAGUCCAGUAAAAUUAAGCCGCGGGCUUAUAAGAGUAAAAACUCUUGCAGAACUCACAGACUCUAUACUCUGUCAUGUGUGUGGUGAUAGUGUUCAUAGUUCUGAUAAUUUAGUAAAACAUCUUGAAAGUCACAAUACUUCUAGCCAAGCUGUUAAGGAGUCCAAAACUUCAAUGCUUUUAAACCAACCUACAGAAAUAAUUUCACGAGCGAAUAAUUCUAUGGGAUCAACAGCAGUACAUAACAGAUUAGUACUUCAGACGAAUUCAAAUACUUCAUCCCAAAGGACUUUAACUGCUAAGACGACAAAUAUGACUCCCCGUGUUACGCUAUUAACUCAUCAACAAUUACAGAAAUUACAAAGAGCUGUAAAAGAAAAGCAACCUUCAAAUUCGGCACACCAUACAAAUUUACCACGUAAUAUUGCUCCAGCUAGUAGAUAUACACCAUCUACUUCUACUGAAAAUAAUGCGCAUAUUCCUAUAAAAACAAUAAGACGUUCUAAUGUACCGAAUGUCAAGAAAUUAUAUUCAGUUCCUAUGAAUUACCAUAAUAGUAUAUCCUUUUUCAACAAGGAACUAUGUCCCAGUGGUGUAGAAUAUAAAUAUAAAUGUAAAUUUUGCGAUUUUUGUGCAAACAAUGUAUCAGAAUGUUUACUGCAUGAAUUACCAGGCACCGAAUUUUUUUGUAAGAAGCAGAAUUUACGAAAUGCAAAAUUAUAUGUCGCAAACGCUAAUACAGACCAGAGUAAACAAUGCCAACAGACUGCUGUAAAUCAACCAAGGAUUAAUUGUGCAUCUCCAACUGUUUAUCAGUAUCCUUAUGUUGCUGCCACUAGUACUAAUAAUAUUAAUGAAGUGAAUGUGCAAAACCAACCAACAAUAGCUCAUCAACCAAUGGCAGGAUCUCCUUCCAAUCCUCUUUAUUACAAAAAUCCUGGAGUCUCCAGCAGUGGAAUGUCGAUAGUAAUCAAUCAAACUGCACCUGUUGCACAGAAUAUACCUGCAAUAGGUAUUUUGCAGCAACCAGUACAACAGCAAAUGUAUCGACCUCAAUUUUACACUGAAUCAUUGCCAGUUAUGGGCACUCCAUAUGUGCAGCAACCACAGAAUGUAGUUGGUUUUGUAAGAUCAAACGAUGUUUACCAAAUUGCAAAUAAUGCAACAAAUAGCGGAGAAAUUUCUACAUCCUAUGAAGUUAGACUGCAACAACCACAAUUUAUUUGUUCGUAUUGUCCAAAAACUGUUUCUUUUCUCGACGAGAAACAAUUACAAAUACAUGUAGAAACUUAUCACAAUUUUAAAUGCAAUGUUUGUGGCCUUCGUUUAUAUAAUUAUAUGGACUGGAAUAACCACAAGGAUUCACAUAAUUCCAUUUGAGAGGCGCAUUAAUUCUAUAAUGAAUCGUAAAAUAUUUUGUAAAGAGGAAAAAAGAUAAAACA